AUGUCUCCCCAGUACCAAGCCAACGCCCUAUUCGACGUCAAGAACCUCAUCGCCGUUAUUACAGGUGCCGGCUCAGGAAUCGGCAGAGUCAUUGCUCACACUCUGGCGGCCAAUGGUGCCAAGGCAGUGUACGUCCUCGGACGACGAGCCGAGGCUUUAGAAACGACGAAAAAGACUUCAGUCAACCCAAGCGUUAUCACGCCGAUUAUCUGCGAUGUGACGUUAAAAGACUCCCUACAGGCCGCCGCGUCUUUUGUGCGCAAAGACGCCGGAUAUUGUGAUGUUGUCUUUGCUAACAGCGGAGUUGCCACCGCCGACGCCUCGGCACUCAUCCCAUCCAUCGGUUCCAUUAGUAUAAAGGCCAUUCAAGAGGGUCUUUGGCAGCAUAGCAUGGAAGAAUUCACAGAGUCAUUUCAUGUCAAUGUUACCGGUGUCUUUUACACUGCCGUUGCUUUUCUUGAUCUUCUGGAUGAGGGGAAUAAGCGCCGCGUCGUGCCACAAACGGCGCAAAUCAUCAUAACGACAUCACUAGGAGGCUUCGCCAGAAAACCAACACUUAGCUUUGCAUAUGGGCCUAGUAAAGCAGCGGCUGGUCAUUUGGCCAAGCAACUUGCCACUUUAUUGGCGCCGUAUAAGAUUCGAAUUAAUACGAUUGCGCCUGGUUUCUUUCCUAGUGAGAUGACGCAGAAUUUGCCCUUUAUGAACGGUGGUAGCUCGUCACAUGCGGCAAACAUACCGUUGGGGAGAAUGGGAAAUGAGGAGGAUAUUGCUGGUGCUGUCUUGUUUCUCGCAAGCCGAGCCGGGAGCUACAUUGACGGGAAUGUACUGCUGACAGACGGUGGGCGCGGCUGUGUCAUACCGUCGACAUACUGA